UUUCUUCUCUUUUUUUUAUUUUCUCUCAGUGAGAUGAGCAGGGAGGAAUGGAGGCUGCAGACAGAGAGCGGGGAUGUUUGUGUUUACCGAGCAGCAGAUGAAUUUACAGACAGGCCUCCUUGUAGCUAAAGCGAACAAAAGGAGAGAAUUAAUGGAGGCUAAGCUACCCCUCCUCUCCUCCUCUCUCUCUCCUCUCGUCUUGUUGACGUUUGUUAGCCAUGUUUGUUUGGUGUGAAGCAGAUUUUCCUCUCACUAUGAACCCUCUGCAGCUUGUACUCAUCUAAACUGAGCGCUGCACUGACAGUUUUUUUGACUAUUUCUACUCAGCUUUUUUGCAGGAUCAAUGCCUGCUAAUGUUAGCCCGCUGCUAACUCUACCACCGUGCAACCAGCUUGUGCCCCCUCGUCCAAAAAUGGCUCUCAGUGCACUGAAACAUUGACUUAGAUAUAGACUUUUUAUUAUUGUUAUUACACUAACUACCCCCUUGUUUCAGACGCCUUGUCGUUAGUCGGUAUAUAUAUUAUAACAUGAAAGGCUUGUCCACUAUUUGUGCAUAUAGGUUGUGCAACUGCAGAGGAAGCAGCGUUAAAACAUUACAUGAGUUUUGCAUUGCUAAAUGUUUUGCAUGAUACUUCAAAUGUUUCUGAUUUGAUUAUAUAUGUGUGUGUGUGUGUGUGUGUGUGUUAAGUUUAUGUUAAGAGUAUUUAUUUAUGGGUCUUUUACUGCCCCGUGGACUUUUAUCAGUCAUGUCCAAAUAUGUUAGUUCGGCUUUACUAACAUGUAAUUACAUGCAUGCUUUUCUUGGUAUUUGAGCAACAUGGCUAUGCAUGGCAGUCACACUCUUUUACAUGCAUACAGGAAGCCAAAACCUCCAAAACUUAUUUUUUUUGAUGUUGGUCUAUAAUCGUAGGAAAUAAUGGACGAUUCCCAUUUCAACUCAUCAUACUUUUGGUCUCCCGUCCCCACUGUACAAGGACAGAUCGAGAACGCCAUGUUCCUGAACAAGGCAAAGGAGCAGCUAGGUCCGGACAAGGCCAACGUUUCCUCCUUCCCUCAUCCUUCGUCGUCGUCCACCUCUUCCCCCCACUACCCCACAGCCGUGCUCGCCCUCCCGGGCUCGAUGGACCCGGGGUCCGGGUUGAGGCUGGUCCCCAAACAGGAAGGAGGUGGGGGUAACGCGGGCGGAGGCGGCGGACCCAUGAGUGCAAUCGGGCAACACCUGCAUCAGUCGCACACAACCCAGAACGUGACCGUGGUACCCGUUCCCUCGACGGGUAUCAUGACAGCAGGUCAGUGGGCGGGGUUAGUCAUCACAACCCCUCAAGGCACACUGGUCCCCUCUGCCUCCACGCAGUCAUUUGUAGCUGGACACCCCACUGCCACCACCAUGAUAGUGUCUACAGUGCACCACUCAAAUGCAGACAAGAAGGGUGACAUUGCUGUACCCCCUGCAGUUGUCAUGCCGACGCCAGGAAAGCGAGGCAGGAAGAGCAAGCAGAUGAUGAGCCGAGUGGCCGGAGUGGGUGGAGUCCUCCCUCCAGGAAGUGACGCAUUAAUAUUGGCACACCUCGCUGCUGGUGGACAGCACCAUACUGCGGACCCCUACGACCUGUCAAAUGAUGAAGAUGAUCAUACCAACAAAGAUGGCCCUAAAUCCUACAGGUGUCGGAUGUGCGCAGUGACGUUCUUCAGCAAGUCAGACAUGCAGAUCCACGCCAAGUCCCACACUGAGGCCAAACCCCACAAGUGCCCCCACUGCUCCAAGUCGUUUGCCAACUCCAGCUACCUUUCCCAGCACAUCCGCAUCCACAGCGGGGCCAAGCCCUACACCUGCACCUACUGCCAGAAAACAUUCAGGCAGCUCAGCCACCUACAGCAGCACACACGAAACCACACUGAGGCCAAGCCCCACAAGUGUCCCCACUGCUCCAAGUCGUUUGCCAACUCCAGCUACCUGUCCCAGCACAUCCGCAUCCACACCGGGGCCAAGCCCUACACCUGCACCUACUGCCAGAAAGCAUUCAGGCAGCUCAGCCACCUACAGCAGCACACACGGAUUCACACUGGUGACCGACCAUACAAGUGUAACCAUCCUGGCUGUGAGAAAGCUUUCACUCAGUUGUCCAACCUACAGUCUCACCGUCGGCAGCACAACAAAGACAAGCCGUUCAAGUGCCACAACUGUAACCGUGGUUACACAGACGCCGCCAGCUUGGAGGUGCACCUGUCCACACACACCGUCAAACAUGCCAAGCUUUUCUCCUGCGGCCUCUGUAACCGAUCCUACACCUCGGAGACGUAUCUAAUGAAACACAUGAGGAAGCACAACCCCGACCCGCUAACAGUGGCGGCGACAGUAGCUGCUCAGCAGGCCCAGGGCCUCACAGGAGGAGGCAGGGGCCGAGGACGUGGCCGAGGGAGAGGAGGCGGAGGACGAGCGGGCCAGCUCCAAAACCAGGCCAACCCUAACAACGCCAACCAGAACCAGAACCCCGGACCCCCCGGCAGCUACCAACAACCCCAGCAACCCAACGAAGCUGUAGUUCAAUGCCCGUUUGACCUGCAUCAGUACAAGACUGUAGCAGCCAGCGAAAUCCAGUACAAACCAGUCAGUGUGGCUGACCUGCCCGUGGCACACAAAGACCUCUGCCUCACCGUCUCCACGUCAGCCAUUCAGGUGGAGCACAUGAACUCGUAGGCUGCGUCUUCCCAACCUUUGUUUUUUUCUUUUUCUUUUUCUUUUUUUUUGGAGGAAUUGUCUGCAAUGUAAAAAGGUCCAUAUGAACAAGUAAUUUAAAUGUAUUCCAUAAUAUAUUCCUCUUAAAACAAGUAAACAUUGGCUAAAAGGGUGGAAGACUUCACUGCCCUACGACUUUGCAGACGAUGCAGAUCAUGUGGUUUUUAAACGUCUGCAGUCGAAUCUGAUCACACAACAAGACGCUCGAGGGGACUUUAGUUUAGAUUCACUUUCAUGUGGCUCUCAGUGACGGUUUUCUGAAAGGAGUUUAUCAGGUCGUGUUUAAGAUACAAGUCCAAUUUUUAUCCACCAAGUGGCAUUUUGUUUUUUUUUACCUUUCCCUUCGUUAUAAGAAGCUUUAAUGCUGAGUACAACAUUAAAUUACUUGUUUAGAAGACAGAUAUUUUACAAUGUGCUCCUUCACUCCUGAGCCCACUCAUGCCAAGGAUCUCUGAAGUAGAAAUGCUGGUCUUGGACAUCGAUAUAAGUAUUUUAUUUCUUAGCCUGAAGCCACAUUCCUGCAGUCUGUAGAGACUUUGAGAAACAGGAAAUGGGUUUGUCUCCUGAACACACACUAAUCUGAAACUGGUUUUUGGCUUUUUUGGAUUGUGAUGAAUGAGACGCUGAUUAAAUCCUGACCCGAGUUUCCCCCCUCAAUCUCCUCUUAAAUUCACUUUUAAUCCAUCAGGAGUGAAUAGACUCAUUAUUCUCUUAUAGUGUGGUGCUUUUUAAAACAUAACAAAUGCACUGAUCCUAGACCAGCAGUCCUGCUCUGAGACUCUUGAUCUUGGAGGCUCAUUGAUGUCUAAUCUCAUAGUUUUCUGACAUCAUUGGAGGAUGAAGAUCACAGAUAUUUUACAGUGUAAAACAUCUGUAAGAUACAAAAACAAGACCCCCCCUCUCUGCAUGACUGUAGUGCAGAGUAUUGUCUUAUAUUUUUUAACAAAUUCAGAUCACAUUAAUCUGAAAAUUCUCCAUUUAUUAAAUUGAAACCAAAAUAAAAAGGGAGAGAGAAAACCAGGUAUCGAUGAUUUAAGACUGUAGAGAUUCACAAAAGCAACUAAGACAUCACAGUAGUGGUAUGUGUUGGGAAGAGAGGAAGAACUAAGAUCUUAAAUGAAUUAAAAAAAAAAAAAAAAAGUGUUUUGAACGACACUGUCGAUGUGCCAUGGACAAACAGAGGGUGGACCAGCCUGAGGACGGACUUCAAAGGAAGAGGAGCAGCAGGGAAGGAAAAGGAUGCGGUGUUAUUGUGGGUGUCCAGUUUCCCAAACCAUGCUGUCCUUUAAUGCCCUCCUCCCCAUUUUUUAGAAAGCGAAGGAAUUAAGGAACCCUUUCUUUGUCUGAGCCCAAAGGAUUGAGGAGAAGAAGAAGAAGAGAAAAAAAAGAAAAAGAAAAGAAAGACAGAGCAGUUCAAGAAUGCACUAAACGUGAGGAAUCUGCAGCCGAGCGAGAUGAAAAAAACAGAAGAGGAGAAAGAGAA